AGAGAGAGAUUGAAAAAAAUCCAUUUGACUUUAGAGGUUGGUGACUUUGUGCGUUGAAGUUAUAGAGAGAGAGAGAGAGAGAGAGAGAGAGGAGUUUGGAGAGAAGAGUGAAGAAGGCAAAUCGCGAAGACUAGAUCUGAUCUGAGAGAAUGGCUCCUCGGUCUAGCAGCAAGGACGCCCAAGACCUUUUCCGCGCUCUUUGGUCUGCUUAUGCUGCAACCCCCACUAAUCUCAAGAUCAUUGAUCUCUAUGUCAUCUAUGCCGUAUUCACCGCUUUCAUCCAGGUUGUUUACAUGGCUUUGGUUGGAUCAUUUCCAUUUAACUCCUUCCUAUCAGGAGUACUUUCUUGUGUAGGAACUGCUGUUCUUGCUGUUUGUCUCAGGAUCCAAGUGAAUAAAGAGAAUAAGGAAUUCAAGGAUCUUGCACCUGAGCGCGCUUUUGCGGAUUUUGUUCUCUGUAAUUUGGUGCUUCAUUUGGUGAUCAUGAACUUCCUUGGUUAAAUUGGGUUUGUGUGGCGGUUGUUGUUUCUGAUUGAACCCUUCGAUAAUAAAAAUUAAAUAGUAGUAUACCUAGACUUUUGUAAUAGUAUUUAUAGACAGUAGCCGGCAUUCUACUAAUUGCUUUAGCUUUAUGUUGAUUACCCCCACCCCCCAUUUUUGGUUCCCUGUUUUGAACGAAGAGAUUUUGCCAUCUUUUGAAGUUUAAAGUACUUUUGAAUGGCGAAAUAAAGAAGGUAUUGUUAUUAUUCACAUGGA